AUGGAUGAAGGCAACGGAUCUUUCAAAGUUCACGCACACGAAAAUCCAACUGUGGACGCGGCCUGCGCACGUGUAGGGAUUUUACAUGAGAAGAAGAAGAAGAAGAAGAAGAAGAAGAAGGAGAAGGAGAAGAAACCUUUUCAGAAUCGGAAGGAACUGAAUAUCGAAGGGAACGAAUGCUCAAGAUCCUUUAAAAUUCGACCGGACGAGGUGGGAGGCAGUACGACGGUGGUAGCCGAGGGUGUAAUAGGCGGCAUAAGGGGCCCAGGCGGCGGGUGCCGCGCAUCCUCGAUGACGAUGGCCGAGAGCGCCGUGGAGGACGCCGCAGCCGCGCCCCCGGGUCCGGCCAAGCCGCCCCCGCCUUCCUGUACGAACAACAAUACCCUAGCGGCGACGGCGAAUCGUAACCAUCGGAAUCCACGGAAGAGAAAACGGCUGGCCCAAGUACUUGACAUUCUCCAAGCACAUAGAAGCUCGCCGUCGGAGGGUGAGGUACUCAGGUUCGAAGGUAACGGGCCAGCGUCCGAGGAAGAAGAAGACGUUUUUGGUUCGCCGAGAUCGUCUUCCAGGUCGGCCGUCGACAGUCCGUCCGGUUUGAACGUUCUACCGUUAAGGUUCAAGGACGAGGAGAGUCCAGUGACGCCAACAGGAGAGGAAGAGGAGAAUGCGAUGUCGACGAUGUCGACGACGAUGUCGACGACGAUGACGACGACAACGACGACAACGACGUCGACAACGGUUGGCGAGGGCGAGGUGGAGCAACGAAACAAUCGUCAUCAACAUCAUCACAACCACCAUCAUCACAAUCAUCAUCACAGAAGCCGUCACAAUCACCGAAAUCUAACGUACAACAAUAAAACACGGCAGAACACAAAUCAGAAACAAUCGUCUACGUCGAAUCGUUCCUCAACGGGCAAGCUGAACAACGGUGCUUGUACCUGCGCCCAAUGUAGUAAUUCGGGCGGCAUGAUGCUGCACUCACCUACGUCGCCGUUAACGCCACUGACCCCGCUGACCCCGUUGACACCAUUGUCCCUACCACCGCUCACACCGGGCUCCUUGAGCUCGUACAGCUUCGAACAGUACAUGCACACCAAGUACCUGCCGGAUAUCUAUCGCGGGCGCAGUCAUUCGGAUUCCGACGUGGUGCCUGGCUGGGAACAGAGGAUACCACCAGCCUCGACGUCCUCGUCGAUGUCGUUGAUGGUGAAUCACCCACCACGUAGCGGUUCGUUAGAAAGUGAGACGACAAGUCCGCAGGAAUUACCGUUGGAUCUUUCGAUGAAAAAUCUGAUGGCGUCGGCGGCCGCUGCGGCAGCCGCAGCGGCCGCAGCAGUGGCAGCGGGGGGUAAUAGACCUCCUGCACUUCGACUUUUACCGGCUGGCAUCGUGACGAGGGGUUCCGUGAGCGUGCCGGUUGUCAGAGGAGAUGUUGCCUCGCCGACAACGAAGGAGAGCGUUGCCGUGAGGUAUAACCUCGAAGUUUCGCCUGUAGUCGAGGAGAUGCCGCCUGGUGCCGAUUUAGCCUACGUUUGUCCCGAAUGCGGCCAGAUGUUUAGCCUACAUGAUCGUUUAGCGAAACAUAUGGCGUCGAGGCAUCGCAAACAGGGUCCGCAGGACGCUUCUGCAAAGGCAUAUCUCUGUGACGUGUGCCAAAGGAGCUUCGCCAGGUCGGAUAUGUUGACGAGACAUAUGAGGCUGCAUACAGGCGUAAAGCCUUACACGUGCAAGGUAUGCAACCAGGUGUUCAGCAGGUCCGAUCACCUCAGUACUCAUCAGCGAACGCACACCGGCGAGAAGCCCUACAAAUGUCCAGACUGUACCUAUGCGGCCUGUCGCAGGGACAUGAUCACUAGGCAUCAGAGGACCCACAAUAAGUUCCUCGAAAGUCAAGGAAGAGCUUCAGGAGCAACAGGGACGACAAAAACGGAACCAGGUUCGCUCCCAUCGGAUGAUGGCAGUCCUACGUCCUAUGGGCAGCCUAUGCCAGCUUCUCCUUCUUCAACCGGCGCUGCCAUAAAGACCGAAUGACGACGAGCCGUCGGACGACCCUGGUUCCUCACUUCUCCUCGAGCUUCGGUCUCUCGAAGAGCUCGCGGACGAAACUUUUUCGCUACUUCUCUUUCUAUUUCGAUUGCUCGCGAGCUCGAGCGUGGAACCUCGCGUCGUCGAGCGCGCGAAUCUCGACGCUGAAGGAGGACUCGUAUCUCGGACAGUAUUAUCCUAAUCCUUUAUUAUUCUCCUCCUUACUCCUCAUUCCUUCCAUCCUUUCUUCCAUUCUUCCUAUUAAUCCUAUUCCUAUUAUUCCUCUUCCUUUUGCCCGCUAGAUCGACACGAUAGCGUAUAAGGAACAUCGCUUUUCCUUCAAAAACAAAAGACUUUCUCGCUCUCUUUUUCUCACCGAUCAUACUCUCCGAAGCGUAUUUCAAUCGUAAAUCUACGCGUAUACACGUGCCAAACUCGUUUUCCUCUAUUCAACUCCGUACUCGUUGCCCUGUCGAAACGACAUUGGGAAAAAGAACAAAAAAUAAAAAAAGAACAAAAAAAAUAAAUAAAAAUAAAAAAAGAGAGUAAUUAUCUCUUAAUCUCUCGUCAAAUGAUUUUUGACAAACUCAUAUAAAUAGGGACAAUUCGAGGAGACGCUACAUUUAAAUAAUGCGAUUAUUUAAAAAUUAAAAGAUUGUUUAUAUAAAGUAUUUUAUAAAUAUUCGCGUCACACUCGUUUGUUCGUUCGUUCGUUCGUUCGUACGUCGUCGUUGUGCCAAGCGCGAACAGUACGGAGCUUUUAGAAAGUGAUUAUCAUCUCAAUUGUUCGAGAUUUCUCUGAAUUCAUCGUAAAAUUUAACAUUUCGUCGUUAGAAAAAGAAAAAAAAAAAAAAAGAAAAAAACAAAAAGAAAAAGCCUCGUCCUAUAUUCGAUUUCAUUUCUACGAGAUUCUAUAUUUUCAUUUUUUAUUUUUAUAUAAAUUAUUCGAUUCGGUUGUUUGUUAUUUAAAACGAAUCUCCUCGCGAACUUUCAAGAGUGAUCCGCUCGUUUAUUUGACGAAAUUGGAAAGGAAAGGAUGAGACAAAGAGAAGGGUUACAAUAUAAUGAUCGAUAGUAAACGAAUUGUACCUGCAGAAAGAGAGAAAACUAAAAGUUGAAGCAUUAUAUAGAAAUAUUUAGAGAUAACGUUAAUUAGUAUGUAAUUAAUUAUUAUUAUAUUACUAUUACUAUUAUUAUUAUAUUAUAUUAUAUUAUUAUUAUUAUCAUUAUUUUUAUUAUUAUUAUUAUUAUUAUUAUUAUUAUUAUUAUUAUUAUUAUUAUUAUUAUUAUUAUUAUGCGUUAAUUAUUAUAGUAGUUGUUAGCGUUAUCAUAUAUUGCGGUAAAGACAACCGAGAGACAUAAUAUUUUUUAUAUCGUUCUUAAGAAAAAGGUUUGGAUUCUUGAUGGUCGAGAAUUAAACUAGAAUGAAAAAUAACGUAAAUACGACUGAGUUGAGGGUUGUUACAAAAUACGAAACGAUCUUUUAAAGAACUUAGAUCGAAAGUACCCUUCUUUGAAAGCAGAAGAUUAAUACAAGGGAAUCUCUUGAAAUAUCGCGAAUAAUUAUUAGAAAUGAACGAGUUGGACGAGCGAAUUUGCACAAAAAAAAAGAAAAACGAAAAAAGAAAAACG